AUGACUAGAGUUCGACAGAAUACUAAACAUUCUUCUAAAUACAAGCGUCUUUCUUAUAUUACAGCCUGGUCUGAAGCAAAACUACGCAACUUCAUUCGCGAAGAGCGCUAUUCAAAAGAACGCAUCCUCCUUGAAAAUGGCAAAAUGAACGAGGAAAACAUGGCCAUUUUGGCCAAUGAAUUUGAUAAGGGUAUUGUAGACUGGCGUGAAGUCUCCUUUUGGGAAAAUAAUAUGGGACCACGGUGCGCUGUCCAUAUUGACCGCAUUCUUUUAAAAUCAACCCUAGUCUAUCUUCACUUGGGUAACAAUCGGUUAGGUUCCGAAGGAGUGCGUCGCCUUCGCGCUCUAGAAAACCAUAAAACAUUGGUUGUGCUCGAUUUAUGGAAUAAUGAUCUGGGUGAUACCGGUGUUGAGUACCUAGCUGAUGUUCUCCCGAGCACUAAAUUGGAACGUCUGAAACUUGGCACUAAUAAUAUAACGGAUCACGGAUGCCAAGUUCUUUUUGCUUCAUUACCAUCUACAAUGAAAGAUCUCGAUCUCUUCUCCAGCCAGCUUACAUCAGCUAGUGUCAAUGUUAUUGCACAAGCACUACUUUCGACCGAUCCAAAACUCACAAAUCUCAACGUUGGUGGAGAAAAUCAGAUCUCGCAGGUCAAUCGAGAGAUGUUGGAAGAGAUAGCCAAGGUUCAUAAAUGCAUUCUGGAAUGGUAA